GUUGAUGUCAGGCUUACAAUUAGGACUCUCAUGCAAUUGACCUUGGCAGCGGGGUUUGUGCCGUUUAGCUCGGUCUUAAACACUGUACUCGUGUUAAGUGCGGUCCGGGGCCGCCGCGCUCACAGCAGCGGGAGGAGCGCGCCGCGGAGCUCCGCGCAGAGCAGGGAGUCCACGAGACGUCCCAGGUGAUGGAGAUGGCGAAAUGAGCUCCAAAAGGUGCCGAACAGAGGAAACAAAGAUCUGUGAGAAAUGCUGUGCAGAAUUCUUCGAUCUCUCUGAAUUCCUUGAGCAUAAGAAAAAUUGCACUAAAAAUCCGCCUGUCCUAAUCAUGAAUGACAGCGAGGGAGCAGUCCCUCCUGAAGGCUUCUCCGAAGCUGCUGUCGGGAGCUUCUCGAGUGACCGAGGGGAUAGCAGGGCACGCAAGGACACUCAGGCGAAGGGCUGCGCCAGUUCUGCGGAAAAGAGAGAAGGAAAAAUCGACGCGGAAUCGGUAGGAGGGAUGUACCUCAAAAUAGAACCCCCGGCUGCACCCGCGACUCCUGGGCUGAGCUAUCUACCAAAAUCCAAAGUACCGAACACUAACGUGACUUUGCAGACGAUACGUGGCACUAAAGUGGCUGUGAACCAGCGUACCACUGACGCCAUCGCUUCUUCAGCCGCCAGCUUUAACGCUAUUCCAAUGAUCCUGGAGCAGCUCGUGUGCUUGCAGCAGCAGCAGCUCCAGCAGAUCCAGCUGACGGAGCAGAUCCGCAUCCAGAUCGCCAUGAUGGCCCCUCACGCCCUGCACCCCUCCAUAGCCGCUGCCGCCGACCCGCUGAAGGCGCUGGGUGCUCACAUGUCCCAGCAGCUGUCGGCCGCCGUGGCGCUGAUCGGGCAGAAGGCGGGGAGCCAGAGCCUAUCGCUGGAAUCCUUGAAGCAAGGCAAACUACCUCAUGCUAACACUGGUGUUGCGGCCGCCGGCUCGCUGGCUGCCGGCCUCUCCUCCUCCUUCCCCCUGAAGCCAGAGGCGAGCAGAACCUUUGCUGGCUCCAUUUCUCGGUUCCCGAAUCCUUUGCUACCUCAGUCCUCCCACUCCGUCAUCUUCCAGAAUCCCCUUUCGGCCGUUUCUUCUGUCAUAGAUUCCUCAAAGAGGGUGAAAGGGAAACCUCCCAAUAUUUGUGUGUCUGAAAGCAAAUCGAAUGCGGAGGAGCCGUUCUUCAAACACAAGUGUAAAUUCUGUGGCAAGGUCUUUGGCAACGACAGCGCCCUGCAGAUCCACCUCCGCUCCCACACCGGGGAGAGACCCUACAAGUGUAACAUUUGUGGUAACCGCUUCACAACCAAAGGAAACCUUAAAGUGCAUUUUCAGCGUCACAAAGACAAAUACCCCCACAUCAAGAUGAACCCUUACCCGGUCCCUGAGCACCUGGACAAUGUUCCCACAAGCAGUGGGAUCCCGUACGGGAUGUCUGUGCCACUGGAUGAGUCUAACCUGAUUGUGGAUAGCAAACCCCUGCUGACAACCCUGCCUACCUCUGCAGCCUCCAGCGCUCCUCCGAAUGCCCCCAGCCUCACGGGCACCAAGGAGCCGGCCGCCUUCUCAGCAGAGCUGCCCUCUCGGCCUUCUCCAGACAGCGAAGGUGGCUCUUCCUCAUCUGGGGCAGUCGGUCAUGAAUCAGGAACAGAGCAGAGCUUGAGCUCUCCGCAAGCUGCCUGCAGUGUGAGCAUCUUCCACGUGGCCGGGUCGAACGAGCAAGGCUCAGAAACAUCCAAGCUUCAGCAGCUGGUUGAGAACAUCGAUAAGUCCACUGCGGACCCCAAUGAGUGCCUGAUCUGUCACAGAGUGCUGAGCUGCCAGAGCUCCCUCAAAAUGCAUUAUCGUACCCACACCGGGGAGAGGCCGUUCAAGUGUAAAAUCUGUGGCCGUGCCUUCUCCACCAAAGGGAAUCUCAAAACUCAUUAUGGUGUCCAUCGGGCCAAUACUCCUCUGAAGAUGCAACACUCGUGUCCUAUCUGCCAGAAGAAGUUCACAAAUGCGGUUGUGUUGCAGCAGCACAUCCGCAUGCAUAUGGGGGGACAGAUACCUAACACACCCCUGCCAGAAAAUACCUGUGACAGUGCUGAAGUGGAUCCUGCUGCAGCUGAGAAGAACGGUGACAUCAGCCGCCCAGAUGAAAGCAUGGAAAGCAUGGAGAUGGAAGAGGACCUGGAGUCUCAGGAUGGCCCCAGGAGUUCCUCCAAACCUUCUACCCCAUUCGAUGCACAGUCAGAAUUGCCGGCCGCAGCUGCUGGCUUCUCUGGCAUUGCAGCACUGGAGAAUCAAAUGAAGAUUGUCAACUCUGCUCUGAACCUGCAACGGCAAAGCAGCUUGAAGUCUAGUGACAAUGGCUCUACAGAAAGUGAUGGCAUGACGAACGAUUCGUCUUCUGUGGCUGGAGAUCCAGACUAUCAGAAUGGCCGAAGUCCUGCUGCCUCCGAGUCCACCUCGCUGCAGGCUCUGUCCCCUGCCAACAGCCAAACUGAGAGCGUGAGGUCAAAGUCCCCGAGCUUCACCAGCCAAGAAGAUGUAGGCACGGGAAGUAAAUCAGAGGGCCCUGAGGGUGCUGCUGGAGAGAUGGAAGGGGUCGUUGCUUUGGAUUUAACUUAUGGCAACAUUGGUCGGAAAGUCAUUAAAGAAGAACCUGGGCUACACUUUGCAAAUGGAGAGUAUGGUCGAAAUAGUAUUCCAGCUACUUUUGUUAGAGCCCCACCAGCCCUCAUAAAAAUGGAAAUACCAAGUGAACGUCCCAUUAGCACUGGCCAUUUCAUUGGCCCACCAGCUCUCUCCCCUGGUGUUGCCCCUCUUCUGGUGCCACGACCGAAGUUCUGCCGUCCAGCCAAACAGCACAUCUGCACUACAUGUGGGAAGAACUUCUCCUCCGCCAGCGCCCUGCAGAUUCACGAGCGGACGCAUACAGGGGAAAAGCCAUUUGCCUGCACCAUCUGUGGGAGAGCCUUUACAACGAAAGGGAACCUGAAGGUCCAUGUGGGAACUCACAUGUGGAAUAAUUCUGCCAGGCGGGGAAGGAGGCUUUCGAUCGAUAACCCCAUGGCUCUACUGGGGAAUGACCCCAAGAAGGUAUCCGAAAUGUUUCCCAAGGAUAUCAUGGCUCCUUCGGUGAGCAUUGACCCCACAGUGUGGAAUCAGUACACGGCGGUACUCAGCAAUGGCAUAGCAAUGAAGACCAACGAGAUCUCAGUGAUCCAGAGCGGCGGCUUACCGACCCUUCCAGGCAGUGCUGCGGGUGCUUCAGCAAUAAACACUGCUACGGUUUCCAAAGCGGAUGGGACCCAGUCUGGGGCUGCUUCUGACACGGAAAAGGCCGGCGGAGCCGCUGCAGACAACGUGCCAAAACAUCAGUUCCCUCACUUCAUGGAGGAGAACAAAAUUGCUGUUAGCUAAGAGCUCUAGUGAAGAUGACGUGCAGAAAGAACAAAUAUAUAUAUACAAACAUAUAUUUUUAAGAGAUUCCACUUCAGCCUCCUAUUUUCCUAUUGACGUGCAAAUGAUUUUAUGGUUGUCUUUGUAAGAUUACGUUGCCCAGAGUACAAUCACGGUAUUGCUUUGCAAAUAGUAAAUAAUAAAGAAUAGGUUUUCCUUUUAUUUGGAAAGAUGCGGGUCUUGCAAAGUAGUUCUUAUGUGUGACUUUAAUGUGUACAGCCUUACAGAAAUUUCUACAACUUGAAAUUCCAAAGGUUUAGAUUAUUUACCUCUUCAUUUAGAGUGAAAUACUUGGGGGUUUUAAAUAGAGUGGAAACAGCCUACUGUUGGUGGAGAAGCUUGUAUUUGCUGAUAAGAAAUGAAAGCUGUUAAUGCGGGUAAAUAUCCUAGAAUGUCUGCCACCCUCUUAGAAGUAGUUUUUCUGUUUGAAUUUUUGGCUCUGUGUGAUUUCUGAAUGUACUUUUUUUUACUAUAAUGGCGAUAAAAAUGACUUUUUUUUAAUUCCUUUUUGCCUCAGAAGUUCUAUGAAAGGAAGUUGCUGUUUUUCUUCAAUCACUGCUUCUAAGGAAUUCUGUUUCAUUGACUGCUGCUUAUUUAAUAGUACUACUAGAACAGUCCUCCACGUAUAGUGCCAAAACCCCUACUUCCAAAGAUGUGCAGUUUUUCCUAGAUGUUUUAUUUCAGUACCAAGAGCCCAAAACAAAUGUGGGUGGGUAUGUAUAUACUUUCUUCUUUCUUGAAAGGGAAGACUUGCCUUGGGAAGUCAGGUCUAAAAGCUCUGCAAGGAAUCUCAGGUGACUGUUGCAAUUAGGCAUGGGAACUAGUUUCCUUAGCAAGAGACUUUUUUUUUUUUUUUUUUUUUUAGUUUUAUUGUUUUAAUUUGAGUAAUUUAGAAGAUCAGUCUGUGUAAACCUGUAUUUAAAUAUGAAGUAUUCAUGCUUAGGUUAAAUGUUUUUUUGGGUUUUGGAUGGCAUUCCUAGUCUGGUCAUUAAGUUUCUUGGUGGUCUGUGAAGUUGCAUUCUGCCAAAAUGGUAAUUAAUGAUCCGUGCAUAUUGUAUGAAGGUUGCUGGGAUGGUCAUCUGGAUUCUAAGUUAUCUACCUCAUUUUUUUCUUUUUGUAGAUGUAGUGUCUAUUUUUCUAUUAAUGACCACUGUAAUAAACUGAGAUUCAAGCAGAUGCUUCCAUGCACUAUCUGAAACCAAAACCUGAUGUAUUAGUGGAAGCACCUGAAGACUUACUGGACUGACCUUUCACUAUUCCUCUGAUGUCUGCUGGAGCCGUGUGUAGUGGGCUCUAAAGCAGACUGGAAACUGAGCGUUUGGUAAAGAAGGACUGAGCGAUGGAAAGAAGUCUUUGGGACCACAGGAAAUCAAGUCCAGUCUCUGUUGUGGAAGGCUCCAAAAGUACAGAUUACCAAAAGUUUGUGUAAUGUUGUUGCACCUGAUUCUUGCUUAUGAUCUCUGUAUGCCGAGUUGUGCCUUUCCUGCUGGACUUGUACGUGAGAACAUACCAGUACCUGUUUACACUGUAAGAUGGAUAUUGUUACAUGGAACAUGCAAAAGGCAUCCCUGUUGUCAAGUUUUCUGCAUUGUGAAUGUAUGACUUUUAUGUAAGAACUCUGUAGUUUUGAGUAUCUACUGACGAGUUUCUGUUGGCAUUUUGAGAAUAAAUUUUGGGAUGGCUUUUUCACA